AUGCUGUUAGACCGGACGACGACGCAACCCUCGCUCAUCUCGCUCUUCUCCUCGACCUCCUCAAACCCGACUCUACUAGCUCACCUCGAAGCAGCGAAGGACUCGAACGAAAGCUUCAUCUCUCUUCUCGACGACGGGACAGAUGAACGCGAAACGCUGCUCGCCUGGAACGGGUCAAGUCAGGCGGACCUCCAGGCAAGAAGCGCAAGUCUCGUUGCGCAGCGGGACUCUGCGGGUACGGCCUUGCAACACCUGCGCGGACAGGUCCUACACCUACAAGCACCCGACUGCCGGACGACCUACAUCCGCUUCGGCUCGCUCGACAAGGGCAAGUGCAAGGAGGAUGGACUUGGCGUUCACUUGCCUGUCGUGCACUUUCAGCUCAAGGAGCUGGGACAGGAGAUGUAUCUCGACAUUGCUGUUGUCGACGAUAAGGAUGAGAUGACGGUUGUACGCUGCUCGACAUGGCAGCCAGAGGUGGAGCUCCUACCAGCUACCGACUCUUACCCUCGCCUCCUCUAUCUCCCCCUUCACCUUCCGUCCUCAAACACCACUACCCCUAUCCUAACACGCUGGUCCACCCUCUCCCUCCCAUUGCACACCCUCCUCUCCUCCACAGGCUUGCGCUUCAAGGCAGUAGUAGGCGUCGAAGUACACGCGACAUGCAGGUUGAGGCGGUAUUGGUUUACGGAGGAGGGGAUGUCUGCGGAGGUGGAUGAGGCCAUGGUGAAGCGGGGAAUGAUGAGGGAGAUGGCGUUGUAUGCCGCGGAUUGA